AUGUUAGCAAUUCAAGUUACUGUCUUCCCAUAUACUGGAAUCUGUAUUGGGUUGACACGUCACCAUUCGGCUUGUGAUGGAAGAGGAUUCACCCACUUCAUGAGGACAUGGGCUUCGAUCUCCAAGUUAGGAGCUGGAUUUGGAUCUCUCUCACCUGAUCAAUCCCUACCAAUCUUGGACAGGACUAUGAUCAAGGAACAAGAUGACAUGUUAAAGAUGUUCUUAGACAAGUUAGAUGGAUUCAUGGGUUCCGAAUCAGUAUCUAGAAAUCGAAUAUUAAGAAUGAUGGAUGUGGAACUCCAACCCAACAUGGUUCGAGCUACGUUCCAGUUAAAUGAAGCAAGUGGGUCACCACAGUUUGGGAAUUACAAGACAGAUUUUGGGUUUGGAAGGCCAAAGAAGGUGGAGGUGACAUCCAUUGAUAGAACAGGAGCCAUGUGUUUGAAAGAUAGCUCCAAUGUAGAUGGUGGAAUUGAGUUUGAUUUGGUUCUCAAUAGAGAGGAGAUGGAUGCAUGGCUUUAUUUCUGUGUUGGUUGA